AUGAAGUCGUCAAUCCUUAGCCUACUCACUUUGGCCUCCUAUGCCGCCGCCGUUCCUUUGCAAGGCCAUCAACACCAUCAACACAACAAGAGAAAUGUUGUCACCAAGGUCGUCUACGUCAACGGCCAGGGCCAGACCGUGACUCCAAGCGGUGAUGCCGAAGCCACCUCCGCUGCUGCCAACGCCAAGAGCACCCAGACCACCGUCGCCACCUCCUCGCCUUCCUCUUCCUCCAGCUCGUCUCCAAGCAGCGGUGGAUCCGGUGGCAUUGAAGGUGAUCUUUCCUUGUUUUCCGACCCCUCCAAGGAGUUCGAGGACGGUGUCUACUCUUGUGACUCCGUCCCAACCGGCCAGGGUGUCAUUGCCGUCGACUGGAUCUCUGGUUUGAACGGUGGUUGGACUUCCAUCAUGAACCAAAACGGUGACACCUCCAGCAACUGUAAGGACGGUUUCUACUGCUCCUACGCUUGUCAAGCCGGUAUGGCCAAGACCCAAUGGCCUUCCGAACAGCCAUCCAGCGGUAUCUCUGUCGGUGGUUUGCAAUGUAAGAACGGAAAGUUGUACAGAUCCAACACCGACUCCAAGUACUUGUGUGAAUGGGGUGCCAAGACUGCCUCCUUCAAGUCUGAAAUCUCCAAGGACGUUGCUAUCUGUAAGACCGACUACCCAGGUUCCGAAAACAUGAACAUCCCUACCUUGUUGAAGGCCGGUGGCUCUGCCCCAGCCAUUGUUGUUGACUCUGCCACUUACUUCAAGUGGAGAGGCGGCAAGACCUCCACUCAAUACUACGUCAACAACGCCGGUGUCAGUGUUGAAGACGGUUGUAUCUGGGGUACUCAAGGUUCCGGUGUUGGUAACUGGGCUCCAGUCGUUCUUGGUGCUGGUGUCACCGACGGUAAGACCUACUUGUCGUUGAUUCCAAACCCUAACAACAAGGACACUCCAAACUACAACAUCAAGAUUGUCGGUGCCGAUGGUGCCAACGUUGUUGGUGACUGUAAGUACGAAAACGGCCACUACAAUGGUGCUGGUUCCGACGGUUGUACUGUCACUGUCACCUCUGGUUCCGCCAACUUUGUUUUCUACUAA